AUGCUUUCACAGGAAUACAAUAUGGACGGACAGACAAAACCCACAUCAGCAAGAUCGUCAAAAAUUGAUCCCAGUUUCAAAUCCAAACGAUACAGAGACAAACUUCGGACAGAAAUAAAAGGUUUAGAAGGAUUAAUACCAAUAGACAGAUCAUCAUUACACAGGAAACUUGACAGUCAGACAGUCUUCAGACUUAUCAUUUCCUUCUUCAGAUUAAAGAUGUUCUUUAAAAGUAAGUACAUUUUUUUAUCACUUUUAAUAAUAAAAAAUCCCUCUGCCAGGAAAUAUUACAAUAUUUUUCAGUGUUUGGAUGGUUUUCUGUUGGCAGCCUUUGCAGAUGGUACUAUAGUUUACUCUACAGAUAACGUAUUACAAUAUUUAGGUUUUAACCAGGUGGACCUGAUGCAUCGUUGUUUGUAUGGAUUAGUUCACCCAGAAGACCACCAAGACUUGAAGAAUAUCUUAGAGAAUAGUUACAUAAAGGAUGUGACAAAGGUAAGAUUAGUCGAAUGUGACAAAGUAUCAUUUAUAUGUCGAAUGAAAUGUUUCAAUGGAACAUCUGCUGGCUAUCUGAAAAUUCAUUGCUCGGGCUCCAUCCAAAGACCUAAUGACAGUAACCAAUCGAAGUCUAGCCCAGACGUUGUUUUACUUUAUUGCCAACCUUUCAUGCUGACCGGAAGUGAUAUUGUUGAGGAUUUUAAACAGAAUGUUUUCUGGAGUAAACAUGAUAUGGGACUUACAAUUAAGGAGUUUGAUAAAAAGUCAGAAGAAAUGAUUGGGUACAUGGAUGAUGAUCUGAAAGAAAAGUCAUUUUAUCAGUUUGUACAUCCAGAGGAUUUAGCUACAUUUGCAGCUUGUCACAAAACAUUAACUGAAAGCACAGAGGUACAAACUAUGUAUUUUCGAAUGGAAUCUAAGGAAGGAAGUUGGGUGUGGCUUCAUUCACGCGGGAAAGUCAUUUGUAAAAAUUCCAAGAAGUUUUCUAUUGUGUUUACACAUUGUCCUGUAAGGGAAGAAGACAGUACAUUUCUUCAACAGGAAUCAGCAUUACGUCAACGUUAUGCUAUGAACGAUCUACUUUAUUUCAUUCAGUUUGGCAGUCCAUAUGCUCCUUGUUCUGGUGAGUCUGAUGACACCUUCCAUGAAGAUCAACAGGGCACUUCAAAAAUAGGAUCGUUCUGUACUCCUCAUAUGGGUUUCACUGAAGAUCUGUCCAUGACAUUUUACAAUUCACUUGAUCCGUGUCCGUCAAGCUGGCAUUCUCUAACGGAUCGUCACUCGCCUGUGUUGCCGUCUACACAUGUCGCUCACAAGAUUACCCAAAGAGAAAAACAGAUACAGUUUCAAGAGUUCAAACGUCGUCAACAGAUGUUCAAUCAACCAGUUUUACAAGAUUAUGCAUGCAGUUCACCGAAUUAUCAGUAUCAUCCAACCCCAGUUAACCCGCCAUUUUAUACUUAUGACCAAGUUUCUCCCGAAACGAUACCCGAGUGUAUAAAUGGAGUGACAAUUAAAACAGAACACGUCGGAGAUUAUACCCGGAACUGCUCAAAUCCUAUAUGGGCAGAUCAGAGAAAUUCUCAAGUUGGGAAUAUGUAUACAAAUAUUAGUCCACCGUCCUAUCAUUCUGCCACGCUCAUGAAUAAUUAUGGUUACUGUCAGAAUGACUCGCCCCCUGUCUAUCAAAAGCACUACCCCGGAACACAUUUACAGUAUGAUAGGUACCAGCCACAGAGAGUUUUUCAUGCAUCUUCCAAUUAUUAUCCACAGGAGGUAACAUUUCCAGUCGGUCCGUGGAUUAAACCAGAAAUUACACGUUGCAAUGAUCAAAAUAUAACACGUGUAGAUGUUAAACGACCGUCUGCUAGUAUCAAAGUAUCCAUGAAUUGUGAUUAUAGUGGCUUAGUCCAAGACCAAGGAUCUAAGUACACAUGCACUGACUUCUGCCACAACAGGCCAUCUGUAACAAAUACUGGUCUCACGAAUAAUGUUGUUCAUUAUGAUAUAGAGGCUUCUGUUCAUAUGAAAAUUGUAGAGAAUACAUGUCGAGACACUUCAUGUGCUAGAAUCCAAACCAAAAAAUCUGACGUUGAUCUCCCGUCAAUAGGAAGUAUAUUUGAAUUUUUAAACGAUGGACAGAUUUGAUUUAUAAUCUAACUUAAAUGCAAAUAAUAAAAUGUCAAUAAUUUAAACUUCGUUUAGUGUAGUUAUUGUAUGCGAAGUGCUUUUCUUGAAUAACCUAAACAAAAUACAUUGUACACCUAUAUAUAUGUAGCUUAACCUUUGAAAACUAAUAAGCAUCUGGAAUUGUAACACAAGCUAAACUUAAAAGAUCACAUUGACCCCAAGAAGUUUGGGUCUUAUUGACAGCAAAAUUACAAAAUAUAUAACCAUGAUAUAUACCGAACUGUGAAUAUUUCAUAAAAUUUCUAAUAAAUCGUGUCAGUGCCGACCCAGCGAUCGUAAACUGCGCCCCAGCAGUGGUAUAGCAACUCA